CCCAGCACUGAGAUGCAGCCACCUCUGGUGCAGGGUGUGGGGACUGUUUAUACGGGGAUCCCUGGCCUGGCGCUGAGAUGCAGCCCCCUCUGGGGUGGGGUUCGGAGGCUGUUUAUAUGGGGAUCCCUUGCCUGGCCCUGAGAUGCCGCCAUCUCCAGGGUGGGGCGCAGGGGCUGUUUAUACAGGGAUCCCUUGCCUGGGCUGAGAUGCAGCCGUAUCUGGGGCAUAGUUCAAGCCCCUACUGUUUGCAAUCCCACCAUGUGUGCAUGACCAGGUGAUGUCACAGUCCUGCUGUGUGGCAUGAUGAUGAGACCAUAGGCUUGUGCGGAGCCAAUUUCAUGAGGGAGGGCCCCGUGCAACUCUUGUGAGUCAUUGUGCUUGUCAUGUGAUGGCCAUCGCUGAGUACUGGCGAGGUGGAAGAGACGGAUCCGGGCCAGCAAUAUCCUUGCUCCCAGCCUUGUACUGCCGUGCCCCCACCCGGCUGCUCUCGCGACUCUGGGGGGUGCUGACAGGGCUGGCGCUGCCCCGCUGGCUGCAACGCCCCCUGCUGUCGCUCUACGUCUGGGCCUUCUCUGUCAACAUGGCCGAGGCGGCUGAGGAAGAUCUGAGUGGCUACCGCAGCCUUGGGGAGCUCUUCCGGCGCCCACUCAAGCCCUGGGUGCGUCCCAUUGCUCCCCAUGACAUGGUCAGCCCGGCAGAUGGCUGCAUCGUGCACCUGGGCCGGGUGCGAAGGAGCGGCCUGGAGCAGGUGAAGGGGGUGACGUACUCUCUAGAGAGCUUCCUUGGCCCCCAGGACUGGAGGGAAGAUGGGGGCAGGGGUCUCUCCCCAUGGUGGCACCGGGGGCACCGGCUCUAUCAGUGCAUCAUCUAUCUGGCACCGGGCGACUAUCACCGCUUCCACUCGCCCACCAACUGGCACAUCCGGCACAGCCGGCACUUCCCCGGCUCCCUGAUGUCGGUGAGCCCGAGCGUGGUGCGCUGGAUCCCGGGGCUAUUCUGUCACAACGAGCGGGUGGUGCUGAGCGGGGAGUGGGCCCACGGCUUCUUCUCUCUGACUGCCGUGGGGGCCACCAACGUGGGCUCCAUCCGCAUCUACUGCGACCAGGACCUUCGAACCAAUUGCGCCCGCCACGUGCAGGGCUGCUACCAUGACGUCAGCUACUUGGCCUGGGCGGGGCCAUCGGGGGUCCCUGCCCCCAAGGGAGCCGGCCUGGGCGAGUUCAACCUGGGCUCCACCAUCGUCCUCCUCUUCCAGGGGCCCCGGCGCUUUGGCUUCCGCACCAGUGCUGGGUGCAGGGUGCGGGUGGGGCAGGCGCUGGGCAGCCUGUGACGUGGUGGGCAGAGGAGCAGACCCUCAUUUCAGGGUGGGACCCUGAUUUCCUGGGGAGAUUGGAGAAUCCCUUCACUGCCAUGGGGGGGACACCCCAGAUUCAGUGGGUAAAGGGAGGCGACACCACACUUGUGGGAGAAGGGAACCCCCCCCAUUUCAGAUGGGAGAAUUGGACCCCUCUUUACUGGGGGGAAGGGAGAGGUCCCCCAUUCCAAUAGCCCCUCCAACUUUUUGCUAAGGAACGUGAGGGGCUUUGACACCCCUUUAGAGCCAUGGAGGAAAAAUAGUAGUGACCCUGAUCUUAGCAGGGAAUGGGAUUUUUGGAGGCGGGAGCACGAGGAACCAUACAUUCAAGGGGGGGGACAGAGAGCCCCCCACACUAGGAGAAGGAACCCCACUUUCCAGUGAGGGAAUAUGGGGUGAAUCUGUUGCCCCCCACCUUUAAUUCCAAUGGCGGUAAAAAGAAGAUAUUUGGUUUUAAGUGCGGGGGCGGUCCCACAUUCAGUGGGGAGGACAUGGGGGGGUGAAUCCAAGGUCCCCCCCUUAAUUCCAAAGGGGGAUGAUAUGAAUGGGGCUCAGGGGAGCUCCUUCCCAGAUCCUUUGGGGUUGAAAUCUGGGUGGAACUUUUGUACCAUCCUCUCUGCCCCCCUGCUACUGCCACGCCGUCCCAGCACCAUAAAGCCAUCUGAGCACCAGGGGGCAGAAUAGCUCUGAAAUAGAGCUUUCUAUUUUCAUA